AAUUACCCCUUAACCAUGUCCCAUUCAGCCUCCCAUUUUGUUCGGCCCUCCUCCACUAUUUAAAGUCUUGGCCAGCAUCUUUGUCCUCCCCAGCCUUGGGACCAGGUCACACUUAACAGCAGCUGCAGCAGGAGACCUGAAGAAGUGGACAUGUCAAUUGCUAAGAGAGCUGCACAGGCUGUGCUGUCUGAUGCCCUGCUUCAGAACAUUAAUGUAGACAACCGCAUUCGUCACCUGGAACUGGAGCUGCCCUUAGACAAAUUCAUCAAAUUUGUAUCUGUAGGACUUCCAUUAAUGCUGGUGUCUAUGGCAUUUGCUCGAGAGAUCUCAGUUGGUCCACAGGUUAGCUGUUUUCCUCCCAGCAACUUCACAGUGAAGCAGGCUGCAUAUGUAGACACCUAUUGCUGGGAUUCACUGAUGCACCAUGAGUUUGACGAAAAUGGAAACUCAGAAGAACGUUCACUGUGGGUUCAUAAGAUGUUCCCCUACUCCCUGCUGAUCAUGGCGAUGACGAUGUACCUUCCAGCUCUGAUCUGGAAGUUCCUGGCUAUGCCAACUUUAGGCUCCGAUCUGCUCUUUAUAAUUGAUGAGCUGGACAAAUCUUACAACCGCUCAGUGCGCUUGGCCCAGAGCAUUGUGGAGCUUAAACAGAAUACAGACCCAUAUGAAUUUCAGGUAGAGUUGCAGAGAGCCAAGAGGAAACGUUACUUUGAGUACCCUCUGCUGGAGAGAUACAUGCAAUACAAGCAUGGCUCCUACUUCCUGGUCAGCAUGCUGUUCCUGCGUGGCUUCCUUUUGCUUACCUUCAUGUCAGCUUCCUGUCUCUACCUGGUCUACUUCCACCUCUCAGCCUUCCUGCAGGAUGAGUUCAGCUGUUUAAUACGUACCGGGAUCCUUCAAGACCAGGUCUGGGUUCCGACACUGGUGCAGUGCAAGAUCAGCGGCCUGAUGGUGUUCCAGGUUAUUAGCGUGGCUAACGGUGCUAUCUACAUGCUGCUCGGUCCCAUUGUCCUGUUCAGCCUGCUGCGUCUUUUCUGUUGGGACACCACCUUCCUCUCACUGUAUGAGGUACUUCCUGCUCUGGGGCUAAUCAGUGGUCAGAAGCUGGGCUGCCCGUUGAAUGACUUGAAUGUGCUUCUCCUCUUCCUGCGCACUAAUGUGGCACAGCUGCGCUCGUAUGGCCAGCUCAAGGCCUUGUGCUCACUGGCACCACCUCAUUUGCACAGGGGUAAGGGCAUGCUGACAGAGGAGCAGGUCGAGGAAGCUGCUGAAGCAGCUGAGGAGCUGGAGGAGGAGAUACAAGAGGCCAGAGAGGAGGGCAAACACAAUCUAGUGGACAUCAUGACCAUGCUUGGAGCAGCCAGAGGGAAUGUGGUGAACUGCCCUGAGCAGCGCCCUCUGGUGGAGGAGAACAUGACACUCGGUACAGUUAGUCUCAUCUGUCUACUUAAGAGCAUCCUGAUAGUGGGCAUAAUUGUGUAUAUCAUAUGGGAUGUGCAGAAAAUAAUCAAGUGAUCUCUCCUUCAUGGUAUUAUUAAUGCAAGACUUAAAAGAGAAUGGUGCUCUAUGUUUAGCCUAAAUUUUUUUUUUUUAAAAGACAGUGUGAUCAGUGUGGAUAUACUGUAGAUCAUUUGUAAAUGUAAAUAAAAUUGUAAACCAUGUAACAGUGAACCAUGUGCAAAAUUGGCCUUAUUGUGUCAAAUAGUUUAUGAAUAAAAACUGCCUUUGUUCAUUUGCAUUACAUUUUUUUUGUAAACAUGCGUUUUCUCUUUUUUUGUGGCUCAAAUGCAUUUGAAAUCUUUUUAUCAUUUUAUUAUUUUUGUUUUUAUAUGAAACGCAAUUUGGAAUAAAAAUUCUAAAGGAGGCUUUAGAAGGAAACAGUUCAUGGUAGAUUUGAUUCCGCUAACAGCCCUCUCUGUCUUU